UCUCACCCCACCCCCUUUAACUUAGUCUGCGUUGAUCCUGCCACUUUUGCUGCGCUUCUGAGGGUGUCUCAUUUUUCUUUGCAAUGUCUGAAGUCACAAAGCAUGGCCUUUUUCUGGGGACGGAAGCAAUUAACUCCUUGCGAUUGGCUGGGCUGGGGCGAUUUUUUCGUUCCUUCUUGGGUGAUUCUUCGUUGAGUAGUGUCAUGGGGCGGUGCACUGUGAGACGUCGCUCCUAGGGCAGGUUUUGCGUAAUUGACUUGGUCCGGGUUGGUUUGGCGUAGAAUUCGUUGGGUUCGUGGGUUGUGAGCGUGUUUGAAGGUUUUGGUUCUAUCAUGAGAUGCUGGUGAGGCAGUAGGUGGGGAGCGGGAGUUUUUGAACCAAGCUGCAAGUUAGUUAAUGCCGCUAGUUUUCCUGGAAUUGGACCAGUUGGGUUUAUCUCAGAUCUUUUCUCUGAGGUCUUGCGUCUCGGGAAUUAUCCGUUUCGAGCCUAAAUAUCAAUAAUCAAUAUAGGACGCUAUUCUUCAUCAGCUGAUCAGAGGGGUUGUGGAUUUGCAUCCCGUUUUACAGUGUGAUGGCGUCGUCUACGGCAAGCCCACCAAGGACUGUCGGGUCUCAAAAUUCGAAGCCAUCAUCAGCGAUUGCAGCCGAAACUUCAGAAUUACAGUCGAAGAAUUUGAAGUUGGUUUUUGUCACAGGUGGACCAGGAAGUGGGAAGGGCACACAAUGCGCCAAGAUCGUCGAGCACUUCGGAUUUGAGCACCUCAGUGCAGGCGAUUUACUGCGUGUUGAGCAGAACUCGGGCAAUGAAACUGGGAAUAUGAUUAAGGGCAUGAUCAAGGAAGGGAAACUGGUGCCGUCAGAAAUGACCGUGAAACUUAUUCUGAAAGCCAUUUCAAAAAGCUCCAACAACAAGUUCCUGAUUGAUGGUUUUCCACGAAAUGAUGAGAAUCGUGAGGUUUGGGAUCGAGUGGCCGGCCUGAGCCCGGAGUUUAUUCUCUUCAUUAUUGGUUCAGAGGAGGAGAUGCAGAAACGGGUUUUAAGCCGAAACGAGGGCCGAGAUGAUGAUAACCUUGAAACUAUUCACAAGCGAUUUAAAUUAUUCAAUGAACACACCUUGCCUGUUGUGAAACAUUACGAGAGUAUCGCCACAGUACAUAAGAUAAAUGGCAUGCAGUCUAUUGAGGACGUUUUUUCCGAAAUCCGACCACUAUUUGACCCGAUUGUACAGGACGAGCUUCUUCAAGCAACUGUUGACCUCUUAGAAGGCCUCGACACUCGCAACUACGAAACUUAUCGGCGCUAUUGCCACCCUGCAGUGACCAUAUUUGAACCUCAUUCUCAAGGUCAGCUUGUAGAAGGAAUGGACCUACGCAACUUCAAGUUCAAUCUGGGAACAUCCAUAGACCGGCUUACACUCACCCAAAGGCUGCGCUCCACUGUAGUGGCUCCCAAAGUGUCCGUCCUGGACACCGGAGUUGCGCUUGUAUUGUACACUCGCGUCUCGAAAUACCAAAACAACCCAGAUGCUGGCUAUGUCGAAGCGUAUAAUGAGACCGGAGUCUGGCAACGGCUGAAAGAUGAGGAUGGUCGCAAGAACUGGAAGCUUGUGCAUUACCAUCGAUCGGUUGCUCCCACCGUCUGAUAAAAAAUCCUCCUCCAAGAAAACUUCCCGAAAAUCCUUCAAUCUAUUAUGCAUGAAUGUCAUUUCGUUUAGACACUGCAGCCAUUGCAGCUCCCGAUUGGAUUCACGGGAGUGGCAUUGCCACCAUUGUGUGUUCAACACACAGCCUUCUAAGACUUUUAAGAAUCUCGCAUGAUGAUCGGAUUGGGCGUUAAUGCACGCACAAGUAGACCCUCAACAGUGGGCAAUUGCAGCCCAAGUGAUCUAUGCUAUUAUUGCCAAAAAAAAAAAAAAAAAAAAAAAAAAAAACUUUUUCACGUAGCAGACGAGUUCCUCAGCUGAGCGAACUGAUUAUUUCCCCUGGCUUUUCAUGGCCUCUUUACUCCGUCUUGAUUAGGAGACUUCGGCCGACGCCAUAUGAUUCACUUUAAGAAGAUGCAUCAAAACAUUGAGAUUGCAAAUUUGAUUCCCGAAAACAGCAGAAUCUCCAACACUUUCAGAGCAAAGCUCUUCACCAUAUCAGCCUUUGCAAUUGCAUCUACGAUAAAAGCAGUCUAGACUGACUCUAUAA